CCUCCCCCGCCACCGCCGCUCGCCUCCGAAACCCUAGCCGCCCCCUCCCCGCGGCCGCGAAAAUGGUGAACGUUCCCAAGACCAAGAAGACCUACUGCAAGAACAAGGAGUGCAGGAAGCACACCCUUCACAAGGUCACUCAGUACAAGAAGGGUAAGGACAGCCUGUCUGCCCAGGGAAAGCGCCGUUAUGACCGAAAGCAGUCAGGAUAUGGUGGUCAGACCAAGCCUGUUUUCCACAAGAAGGCAAAAACCACCAAGAAGAUCGUGCUGAAGCUGCAAUGCCAAAGCUGCAAGCAUUACUCCCAGCACCCCAUCAAGAGGUGCAAGCAUUUCGAGAUUGGUGGAGACAAGAAGGGCAAGGGAACAUCUCUUUUCUAAAUUGCUUGCUACCUACUGGAUACUAUAGUUGUUGGUCUACUGUGCUUCAAUAUUUCAAUGUUAUUAGGAGCUUAUUUAAGCAGACCAUAUCAAUGUAUUCAAGUAUCAUCGUCUGACAUUUACUCUAGCAAGGAUUGGCUUUCUGCUGAAUCAAGUUUUGUU